GUUACAACGUACGACCCGACCACCAAAAUGCAGUCCCUCCACCAUGUCUCCAAGGCUGCUAUUCGUGCGUCUACCAGCAAGAGAUGGAUAAGCACGAGCGCGGUGCGUUAUGCCGUCUCCAAGCUCGCUAUGCCAGCUAUGUCACCGACGAUGACCGAGGGUGGGAUUGCCUCGUGGAAGAAGAAGGAGGGCGAGUCCUUCAUAGCCGGAGACGUGCUUCUUGAGAUUGAGACGGACAAGGCCACAAUCGACGUAGAGGCGCAGGAUGACGGCGUGCUGGGAAAGAUCUUGGCGCCUGACGGGACGAAGAACGUCCCAGUCGGGAAGACUAUCGCACUCCUUGCAGAGGAAGGUGACGAUAUCUCCAAUCUCGAAGUCCCCGCGGACGAGCCCGCCUCCUCAUCCAACCCGUCCCAACCCACGCCCGAACACCAAGCGAAGCCCGCUCCGUUCGCGCCCUCCGACUCUGAGUACCCCACAUCCGCGCGCGGCGAGGGUACCCAUCCCCCAGAGUCUCAUGUCCCGCACCAUUCGCGACCGCUCUUCCCAUCUGUGAUUCGCCUGAUACAGGAACAUGGCAUCUCGCAAGGGGACGUGAACAAAAUCAAGGGCACGGGGGUGCGCGGCAUGCUUACCAAAGGCGACGUCCUCACGCACUUGGGCCUCGCGUCUGGACCCUCGGGCACGUACCGCGAGACGCCGCCGCCUGACCUGAAGACCAAUGCGAAGAAGAGCGUGAAGGAGGCCGCCCCGCUCGACGGGAUCACAGUGCGGAGGCUAAUCGUAGGCAACAUGCUCGAGGCGUCCACCAGGGCCCGCGCUGCUGCUACGCCAGUGCAAUCAAUAGACUUCGAUUCCAUCAUAGCGGACUACCUUCCGCCGUCCAAGCCUGCUCCGCCGACUCCUACUCCCGAGGCCUUCACGAAGCCCAAAAGCGCUACUUUCCUAGACGGCUUACUCUAAUGUACUUACGAUCUCGCUAAUCCGGCCAUAGACUUCCUUUCGCACACUGCUCGCGUCUAUAGGGUGCGCAAC